AUGCUACUGUUAGUUUUUCCACAUGCUAUCACUGAUAAAACACUUAAAAGGCUUCUGGCCUGGUGUUGUGGUGUUAAGGUGCUGAGAGCUCUGUUGGUGCUGGGCCUGGCCACACCAUUGCACGCCACCAGGAAAGGAAAAACGGUCUCUGUGAAGGUGGGGAAUGGAACUGGACUGAAGGGCAAGACAGUGAAACUGCUGUUGGAUCCUUCAGUGACGUCUCAGCCCAGAACCUCUGCAUCAUCCAUUGCCAGCAUGUCUCUGUCCCCGUGGACAUACAAGGACUCCUAUGUAGUGUCUCGGUUACCCAGUAAGAUCUCCCAUGCUCAGUGCCUGACCUCUGGCUGUCUGAGCCUGCAGGACGGAGGUGAAGAUGCAGCCCUGGAGGCCAAACCCAUCUACUACCAGGUCCUCGUCCUCCACAAAGUCCCAAGGCAAAGACGAAAUAAUAGAGGAGGGAAGAAAACAAGGAAGAAGUACGACUUCCGACUGGGGACGGAGGUGAUCUCAGUGGGCUGCACCUGUGUCAGGCCUACCGUCAUACCACAGUAGUAGCACACAAGAGACUUCUGAAGUUAGUAGUAAUUGUUGUUUUUAUUCUUUUCAAUAUAUUUAAGUUAUCACUGAUUUGAUUUACAUAUACUAUGAAAUGGCCUUUUUUUUUUUUUUUACUAUUUUGAUUUAUUACUGCUAGCAUGUUCCUGCCUUAGCAGCACUAGACACCAAUAAAUCAUCAAGCCUCGAAAGCCACGUACACGCAAAGACGCAAAUGACUGUAGUGGUGCCACUUGUAACAGUGUGACAGAGCUUUUAAAGAACUGCAAAGAGCUCAGUAUCUUUCUGCCCCCUAGUGGUGGAAAUUGCUUAAUGCAGCUUUAACCCAGCAGUAAAAGUACAUUGUCUGGCAAACACAGCCAGGUGCUUUGUAUAGUAGCAACUCUAUGUUAUUUUUCAUAAAGAAAGUGUUUCUGGAAAUAUAUAUUUAUGGUAAUAUACAUUUUUGUCUUUCUUUAUUUCUCAAUUGCUUUAUGGCUGUUGUAACUCACAUUUCUUUAAUUAACAUAUUCUCAUUUUAUUGUAGACAAUGUCAAAAUCCAAAUGAAUAUUCCUCCACUUGCCCAGUGGACACUUCGCUGUGUGUGUGUGUGUGUGUGUGUUCUCGUACACACACAGGUUCAUGUGGGAAAUUGAACAAUGAAUUUACUAAGUGAGAAAUGAUGAGAACAAGAGCAAAGUGGGAGUUCACUCAAGCUGUUUUUACUGACCAUGCCAAAUAAAUGCAAUCAAUCCAGCCUUGAACAGCAACACACAAUUACAGCAAGUACAAACUCCAUAUCAUGACUCCCUGUCUACAGCACAAACAAUUUAGACACUUCAGUUAAGUCACUAUGACUCAACAGCUCAAGCAGCUCUUUCUGUUUACUCUUUUAGGUUUAGAAAAUCAGAAACCAACAAUCAGAGCACGGCGACACAUGCCAAAGCACACAGAGACUGCAAACCCAGACUGUGACACCAAAUUUGUCCCAAUCCUGAACUAGUCACUCACUACGUUGCCUCCUUUGUGAUGUUAUUGUGGUUUUACUGUAUAGAGUCACUGUCCUUCUUGUAUGCAUAUGUGCUUUUGAGUUGUGCUUAAAGAAAUAAGAGUGCAAUCAGUGCUCUAAAUCUAAGCCACACAAAGGCAUGUCACUGAUCUAUGUACAACUACACCAUAGUUAAAGUUUCACAA